AUGUUUUUUUUCAGAAAGAAAGAAAACAAUUUCGAUGAGGAAAAAGAAAAUGUUCCUCAAGUUAGUAAUCCUUUUCAGGGUAUAGAAAAAGAAAGUAUACAUACAAAAAGAGAAAACAAGUUGACGAAUGAGGAUGGUAAUUUGUAUAUAAAAAGAAACGAACAAAGUGAUGGUAAUGAUGAUAACUAUAAUGAUGAUGAUAACAAUAAUGAUGAUGAUAACAAUAAUGAUGAUGAUAACAAUAAUGAUGAUAAUAAUAAUAAUAAUGAUGAUGAUGAAAAAAGAAACAAUAUUCGUUACGAUAAAAAUAAAAAGAACCUUUUUAACGAAAAAAAAGAUAAUAUAGUACAUUCGUCAAAAUAUAAUAAAGACAAUCAAACUCAUGAAGAUGACACUUCAUCAAAUAAAGUACAGUCAAAAGUUAAGAAAAAACAAAAUGAAAAAACGAAAUUUAAAACAUCUAUAAAAUUAUACUACAACAAUUCAGGUUCUGAGGAAGAAGAAAGUGAUGAUGAUAAUAAUAAGGAUGAAAGCAAUGAAAAAUUAAUAAAAAAAAAUAUAACUAUGAAAGAUCAAAUUGUAGUAAAGGAACCUAUUAAAUAUAAUAAGAAUGAACGGAGUGAUACGAAAGGUAGUGUAAGGCCUAAAACACAUAAUAACGAUAAUAAUAAAAAUAAUAGUUCUCAUUAUUCUAGAAAUUCAUAUGAAGAUAUACAUCCUAAUAAUACAAAGACCAAUCAAAAAAUAUUUGCAAAUUUGUCGAAUAAUGAAAAGCUAGUCUUUUUAACAAAAAAGGAAAGAGAAGAAAAAAAAAAAAAAAUGGAAAAUCAAAAUCAAAAUCAAAAAAUGAUUUCUAGCAAAGAAGAAGAAGAAGGAGAAGAAGAAAGAAAGAAAAAGAAAGAGCAUCAUCAUAUAAGACAUUCUUCUAUAGAUAAUAGAAAACAUAGAAGAAGAGAAGAUUCUUAUGAAUAUAGAAAUGAUGAACAUAGAACAAAUGAUAAGAAAAGAAAAAAUGAAUAUGAUCAUAUUAAUGAUGAUAAGGAAUAUAAUGAGAAUGUAUAUGAUGAGGAUUCAUAUUAUAAUGAUAGGAAUAAUAAAAAGUUUAAAGAUUAUAAACAUAAUAAUAAUUAUGAUGAUAAUAAUAAUAAUAGUAAUAAUACAAAUGAUACAUAUAACAAGAAUCAGACUCAAUAUAUAUUAUCAGAAUCAUAUUAUAAAAAACCACAAUCUUCCUUAGCUGAACUAAACAUGUUAAAUUUAAACAAUAUUCAAAGAGAUAAUCUAAAAGAAAAAGAAUUAGAAAUUAUAAAACAACAGUAUUUGGGAUUAAAUAAAACAAAGAAAAAGAUACAAAAACCAUCAGAGAAAUUUAGAAAUAUAUUUAAUUUCGAAUGGGAUCAGUCUGAAGAUACUUCAAGGAAUGAUAGUAAUCCGUUAUACCAAAAUAGACUUGAGCCCCAAUUAUUAUUUGGUAGAGGUUAUAUAGCAGGUAUAGAUGUAAGAGAGCAAAGAAAGAAAAAUAAUUUUUAUGAUAAGCUAGUUCAAAAUAGAUUAAAUAUGUCUCUAAACAAAGAUAGAGAAAACCAGCACCACCAUCACAACAACAACAAUAAUAAUAAUAAUAAUAAUAAUAAUAUUAGUUGUAAUGAUAGCAGUGAUCAUAAUAGUAAUCAUAAUAGUAAUCAUAUUAGUAAUCUUCAUAAUAAUCUUCAUAAUAAUCUUCAUAAUAAUCAUAUUAGUAAUCACCACCCUAAUGAACCAUCAUCUGAUAAACAUCCCAAUGCAUCCGAAUAUAAUUAUCAUAACUACCUAAUCAAAAAUAAACGUGGAGAAUAUAUUUACGAACCGAAAGUAAACAAUAUCAUAAAAGACGUGUGUGAAAAGCACUGGAGCCAGAAAAGCAGAGAGGAAAUGACAGACAGAGACUGGAGAAUAUUUAGAGAAGAUAACGAAAUUUAUAUUAAAGGGGGUGUUGUACCUCCACCUAUAAGAAAAUGGGAAGAAUCUAAUUUAUCAAAGGAUUUAUUAAAAGCUAUAAAAAAAGCUAAAUAUGAAAAACCGACACCUAUACAAAUGCAAGCUAUACCUAUUGCCUUAGAAAUGAGAGAUCUUAUAGGUAUAGCUGAAACUGGUUCUGGGAAGACAGCAGCUUUCGUAUUACCUAUGCUUUCUUAUGUAAAGCAAUUACCACCUUUAACUUAUGAAACAUCCCAGGAUGGUCCAUAUGCUCUCGUAAUAGCACCGUCAAGAGAAUUAGCUAUACAAAUAUACGAAGAGACAAAUAAGUUUGCUUCUUAUUGUUCAUGUAGAACAGUUGCUGUUGUGGGAGGUCGAAAUGCAGAAGCACAAGCAUUUGAAUUAAGAAGAGGUGUAGAAAUAGUUAUAGGAACCCCGGGAAGAUUACAAGAUUGUUUAGAAAAAGCAUACACUGUAUUAAAUCAAUGUAAUUAUGUUAUAUUAGAUGAGGCUGAUAGAAUGAUGGAUAUGGGUUUUGAAGACACUGUUCAUUAUAUACUUGAUAAAAUACCGACAAGUAAUUUAAAAUCCGAGGAUGAUGCUUUAGCGUUACAAGAAGAAAUGAUGACUAAAGCUGGUCAUCGUUUAUAUAGAUUAACUCAAAUGUUUUCAGCUACAAUGCCUCCAUCAGUAGAAAGAUUAUCAAGAAAAUAUUUAAGAGCACCUGCAUAUAUAUCUAUUGGUGAUCCAGGUGCAGGUAAGCGAUCGAUUGAACAAAAGUUGGAAUUCCUUACAGAAGGAAAGAAAAAGCAAAAAUUACAAGAAAUAUUAGAAAUGUAUGAACCUCCUAUAAUAGUAUUUGUGAAUCAAAAGAAAGUUGCAGAUAUUAUUUCUAAAUCAAUAGCAAAAAUGAAAUUUAAAGCAGUAGCAUUACAUGGAGGAAAAGCUCAAGAAAUACGAGAACAAACAUUAAGUGCUUUUAAAAAUGCAGAAUUCGAUAUACUAGUAGCUACAGAUGUUGCUGGAAGAGGUAUUGAUGUUCAUGGAGUCAAAUUAGUUAUUAACUUUGAUAUGCCAAAGGACAUUGAAUCUUAUACACAUAGAAUUGGACGUACAGGAAGAGCUGGUAUGAAAGGAUUAGCUAUCUCAUUUAUAACAGAACAUGAUUCUCAUUUAUUUUAUGAUUUAAAGCAAUUCCUAAUAUCUUCUAAUAAUAUAGUUCCAUUAGAGUUAGCUAAUAAUCCAGCUUCCAAAGUGAAACCUGGAACAGUAAUACAAACUCCAAAAAAAAAUCAAAUAUUGUAUAAAAAUUGA